CUUAUUUCGUAGGUAGCACUUGAUGUAUUAAUUAAGGGUGUGGCAAAGAGAAGUCAUUUUAAUAGGUUUAACGAUGAAUUUAAAUACUAAGUAAUGAAUUCGUUCCAAAGAAAAAAAAAAUUCUUCAAAAGACAGAAGUGUAUAUAGAUUAAAAGCAUAAAUUUUUUAUCGAUUUGACUACUCCACAUGUUUAUUAUUCAAGUGAGUUAAGAUUAAGAGUAGGCAGAGGCUCUUUGAACGGCUAGAUUCCUUGGGUUUCUGCAAUUGAGUAGUUAAGGGUGGUGAAAUGUGAUUGGUGGAUUCCACGGUGGUAUUCAAUUGAGUUUAUAAUGGGUCUUUUUGUUCAUCGUUCAAAUUGAGCUUCACUCACUGGAGAACAAAAUUUUAGCGAAGAAAGAUGAACGAACAACAAAAAUGUAGAACGGAGAGCCCCUCUCUGUUCUCCUAUCUCCCUGACGAGUUGAUUCCAGCGAUUUUGGUGAGGUUACCAGUUCGAUCUCUACUCCGUUUCAAAUCAGUGUGCAAAUCGUGGCAUUCUCUCAUUUCCGAUCCCAAAUUUGGUAAAUCUCACUAUGACCUAGCUGCUGCACCCACCCACCGAUGUCUUACAAAAGGUAAUGAUUCUGAAAUUGAGUCCAUAGAUGUAGAUGCAGCAUCACUUCACAAUUCUGAGUCAUGUGUUGUAAAACUCAAAUUUCCGCUUCCACCACCCCGUAUAAGAUAUUGGGUUCAUGGUCCUAACCUCCCUAGUGAUGUUGAGUUUGUGGGUUCUUGUAGAGGGUUUGUUCUUGUAGCCUAUCCACAGGGUGAUGUUUUUGUAUGGAAUCCAUCAACUGGAGAGCAGAGAAGAAUUGCAGACGACCUUGAUGAGAUGAUUGAUUUGUAUCCAAUUGGUUUUGGGUAUGACAGAUCAGCAGAUGACUACUUGCUAGUGCUUAUGCAAGUGAUUCAUUUGAACUUUUAUGAUAGCUAUCCAGACGAAGUAGCUAAUGUGCAUACUAUUAUUCGCCUUUUUUCCAUGAAAACAAAUUCCUGGUUUGAUCAGGAGGGUACUUAUGCUCAAUAUGUGGAUAUGGGUUCUGCUGAUCUCAAAAUUGCAGCCUUCUUGAAUGACGCCCUGCAUUGGUUGGUUACCUCUUAUGAAACCAAACUUCAUGUAAUUAUUGCCUUUCAUUUGGUACAAAGGAAUUUGACUGAAAUUCCUUUGCCACAAGUUUUAGUUACGGAAUUAAAAAAGAAAUUUUGGUAUUCUUUGAGGGUUAUAGGAGAAUGUCUCAGCCUAUGUUACCCGGGUUACCCGGGUAUCAAAGAUUCAACGGCUGAGAUUUGGAUGAUGAAAGACUAUAAAGUGCAGACAUCUUGGACUAAGUUAUUUGUUUUUUCUACUUGUAACCUUCCCCGCAAUGCCAUUCAUCCAAUAUGUUUCACCAAACAUGGUGAAUUGUUUUGUUCAUACGGAUCUGGAGGAUUAAUGAUAGCUGAUGACAAAGGAUGGCAUCUUCUUGAUGAGAGCACAAAAUGGCCCGAACCCCAUAUGGUGUUUGAUGAGGAUAGAGAGUGUAUGCUACCCUAUGGUUUGUAUAGAGAGAGUUUACUGUCACUUCCCAAUGACUUUCAGCAAGAAAAUGAAGAUGACCAACUCAUGAUUUCCUUGGUGGAGACAAGUGAGGAUGACAAAUAGUAUCUGGCAAUAAGAAUUAAGGCCUUUAAGGGUGCAGGAGCGCUCUACAGAGCUAUGCUUGAUGUUUUGGCUUUCCUUCAAAAGAUGAUAUUGCGAGAAGAGAGCUUAGCAUUUGGAAGAGAUUGUUAUUUAUAUAAUGUUAAAUCAUCUUGUUUCAAUAGUGUUUUCGUAGUCGUGUUGGAGUCGAGGCAGGCUUCUGAACUUUAUUAUAUUUUAAAGUAUGGCUUAGGAAAUCCAAGCUGGAGUUAGUACUUAGUACAUGCUAUUUAGCAUGUUUAUCCUUUUUCCUCUUAAUAAUGUUAUUGACUUAUUGCAGUUUGUUUCUCUUAGUGUCGCUUACAUGAUUUUCAGAAUCAUUGUCUACUUAUUUGUCAUGUGUUUAGGUACCUCAUCUGACUUUUUUAAGAUAUUAUGUUGUUACUCAUUUUGACUUGAAGUUAUCGUGAUACUACUGUCAAUCUUAAUUGUC